AUGGCGACGGCGAUGCAAGAGAAGAGAUACCCGCUUGGGAAGAUUGAGCCCAACUCGCUCAAGUAUUUCGGGGCGUGUACGAUGGGCGGGAUUAUCGCAUGCGGCCCUACACACACCUCAGUAACACCACUGGACCUCGUAAAAUGCCGACGACAAGUCGACCCCAAGAUCUACACCUCCAACCUGUCCGCAUGGCGCUCCAUCAUCUCCAAAGAAGGCGUCCGCGGCAUCUUUUUCGGCUGGUCCCCGACCUUCAUCGGCUACUCCCUGCAGGGCGCCGGAAAGUACGGCUUCUACGAAUACUUCAAAUACCUGUACGGCGACCACCUCUUCCCUAACAUGAACCGCACCGCCGUGUUCCUCGGCGCGAGUGCCUCUGCCGAGUUCAUCGCGGACAUCGCCCUCUGCCCCAUGGAGGCAAUCAAGGUCCGUAUGCAAACGACAUUACCGCCGUUCGCGUCUACACUGCGCGAGGGGUGGAGUAAGAUCGUUGCGAAGGAGGGCGUCGCGGGGUUGUACAAGGGGUUGUAUCCGCUGUGGGCGAGGCAGAUCCCGUAUACGAUGACGAAGUUUGCGACGUUCGAGGAGACGGUUAGUCUUAUCUAUAAGACGCUCGGUGGGCCCAAGGAGAGCUACAAUGGGCUGCAGCAGACGGGUAUUAGUUUCGCAGGAGGGUACAUUGCGGGCAUUUUCUGUGCGAUUGUCAGCCAUCCGGCUGAUGUGUUGGUGUCCAAGUUGAAUGCUGAUCGACAAGCGGGCGAAUCGGCGAUGAAGGCUGUUUCUCGGAUUUAUGGGAAUAUUGGCUUCUCGGGACUUUGGAAUGGACUGCCUGUGCGAAUUGUGAUGCUGGGAACAUUGACUGGGUUCCAAUGGUUGAUUUAUGACUCCUUCAAAGUGUUCCUGGGACUGCCGACGACAGGUCAUUAA